AUGGACAAGGUGUUCAGGGCAAAGGAUAAGGCAAGAAAGCAUAUAACUGGGGACUACACAAAGCAGUAUGAACUGUUGAGGGACUAUGUUCUCGAACUUCAAGCCACCAACCCAGACACCACAGUGAAAAUAAAUGUAUGUUCUGAGCCUAACCUUGAUUCCCCAACUAGGCAGUUUAGAAGAAUUUAUGUGGGAUUGGGUCCACUGAAAAAAGGGUUCAAGGCAUGCCUUAGGGACUUAUUAGGUUUUGAUGGUGCCUUCAUGAAAGGACCAUUCCCUGGGCAAGUCCUUUCAGCAGUUGGUCUUGAUUCCAAUAAUGGAAUUUACCCAUUAGCAUAUGGGAUUGUUGAGUCUGAAAACACAGAAAGCUGGAAAUGGUUUUUAGAUAACCUUGGGGAUGACUUGGACCUUGGAAGAAACUCAAAUUUUACUUUCAUAAGUGACAGGCAAAAGGGUUUACAUACUGCAGUUGAGCAAAUUUUUCCCAAUGCUGAGCAUAGAUAUUGUAUCAGACAUAUUCAUGACAAUAUGAGGAAAAGAUGGAGGCAAACAGAGUACAGGGACCACUUAUGGAGGUGUGCAUCAGCUACCACCAUUCCUGAGUUUGAACAUUUGAUGAAGGAGUUUAGUCAGUAUGAUAAGGAGGCAUGUGAAUGGUUGAAGCAAAUUCCUCCUAAACAUUGGGCAAGGAGUCAUUUUUCAGGUAAAUCUAUAUAUUCCAAUUUGGUCCUUAUGUCUUUCACUUAG